AUGUCCUCUAUCGUAGCUGAGCAGGGCUCCGCCAAAACGAGUGCUUCGGGGGGACAGCUUUCCCUGGAGAAGAAGGUCGCGGAGGGAGCCAGCAAUCGCCUCCGAGACUUCGAGGAAGAUAUCGGCCUUGAGUUCGCGAGCAGUGAUCGCACUGGCGGCCAUGAGCGACAGGAAAAACGAGUCCAGCGUGCCUCCGACGUAGUCGCGAUGGUCGAUCGGCUCUAUCCCGGAGCUAUAAGGGCCGCUGGUGACGAAGCUCAGCCCAAUAAUGGUCAGACCAAAGACCUUCGAGGUGCUGGGGCGCAAUUCUCGGAAUAG